UAUUUGUCACAAACAAACGAAAGUGCUACGGUACCGAAAUCCGAAAUCUUUUCGGAACUAAACAAGGCCUGGGUAAAACCGUAAAAGGACCUGAAAGGCGGAGAAACAACGCUGACGUCGUCCUUCCAUAGCAAGGAACCACCCCACUGGGCCCACUAGUCCCGCCCCGCCGCGACGUCCGGAAACCGUCCGGCAGUCGUCCUUCCAUAGCAAGAACCACCCCACUGGCGCCACUAGUCCCGCGCCCGCCGCGACAUCCGGAAACCGUCCGGCAAAACCCCCCAUAAUAGCUUGUUCGCAAUCACCGUCCCGUCCGGUGUCUCGUCGCCCUUUCCCGUUCCCUGCCGUCGUCGUCUCCACCACGGCUGCCAGAAACCCGGCUUAAACCCCGCCACCGCCAGCGACCCGUAGAGGAUCGGAGACGAUGUUCUACUCGCACACGAUCCUCGCGCGGAAUAGCCCGCUGCACCCCGUGUGGGUCGCCGCGCACCUCGAGUGCAAGAUCAAGAAGCCGCAGAUCGAUGGCAUUGACAUCACCUCCUCCGCAGAGAGUAUAAUGUUUCCAGAGGUUCCAAUUGCUUUAAGAUUAUCAGGGCAUCUUCUCCUAGGCCUAGUUCGCAUUUAUUCAUGGAAGGUGAACUACCUGUUUCAAGAUUGCAACCGAAUGGUAACUACAAUCAAAACUACCUUUGCUUCUGUGGAAGUAGAUUUUCCAGUUGAGGUAGAUCGGGCACCAUUUGACUGCAUGACAUGGCCAUCUACGUUAAAUCUUGAUCAGUUAAACCUAGAUGAUAUAGUUUCUCAAAUAAAUACACCUGAUAAUCAUCAGAAGACUCUUGAUCAGAUUACUUUGUCUGAAGGAGAAUAUGUGAUGAUAGAUCUCGAUGAGGCACCAGCUGCUGGUCUACUUGCAUACAUGGGGCCUCAACCAUUUGAGGCAGGGACAUUCCCUCGAUUUGUUGACGAUCUUGGAGCAAAUAACACUCUUAGCAAUGAGAUCCCUCUAGACCCUCAUCCUGGCAAUAUGAUAGAAAACCAAAAUCCAUUAGAUGGAGCACAAGAUCCGCCAGAAAUAAUGCGGGAAGCUCCACAGGAGGGGCCUGAACACUUCAUAGAUACAGUUUUUGGAAAUGAUGACCCCAUGGUGUUGAGCCAGGAUUCUUCACCGUUUGCACAGAACAAGGUUAUCACCCCUCCAGCAAUGGAUGGAACUUCUGCUCAACAAUUAGCUGGGAGACACAUACUCUUACGAAGUCCUAUCACAUAUGAUCUUAUUGAUGAUGUCAAGCCCCUACAUUCUGAACUGAAGCUGUUCUGUUUUUCGACCAGCAUCAGUUACAACCAGUUACCUGAAUUGCGGCUUGAAUCAUCCCCACCUCCACCUCAAGGACAAGACAAAAAGAGAAAGAGAGAGAUGGUGUUUGACAAUGAAAUAAUGCUUUCCAAUGAAUAUAUGAAGGCUCAAAGUAAAGGUGUUGGAUUAAAUAAGUUAGCCUGCAAGAGGAGAAAACUACCUCAAACAGCCCUGGAUAUGUGGAAAUUCAGCAGGACCAGCAGAAAUGGCGCCAACUUAUUGCUUGAACCCUUACUGCACGGGAUGUGUACUGACCUACAUGUAACAUACGAGAGAAACUUUCCCUGUGUUAGUGACCCUGAUGCUGAGUCUGCCUCUUGUGAACCCAUGAUGAUUGGUUAUGGUGGUAGUCAGGAUGCUCCUGCUAAAAUACAGCUCACCCCAACGUCUCAGGGAAAUAAAGAUACACUGCCUGAAGAUGAUUUGACCCUAAAAUCUCCAAGAAAUUCAGAUGCACAGCGUGAACCUCAACACACCCCCAAGUCACCAGGAGUUCCUGAGUUCCCUCUGUUCUCCACAGUAGAUAUGCCAUGUCCAAUAAGGGAAGAUGAUUCUCCUUUCAAAACAGUCCGUCAAACUCCACAGUCUGGGUUUGGAGGAACUGGUGUCCCUGAAGUACCUUCUGUCGGAAUACCUGGACAAAGUACUCCUGACUCUGAUCGUAUGGUGUCCUUGUUUCCAGUCAGUGAUGAUUAUGAUGAUCAGCCAGAGAUUCCAGGGCUCAUAAGUACUCCCGGUGGGAUAUCUAGUGCAGGUACUGGAACCAACGGAUUAGGAAGCAUGUCUGCUAGGACAAGGGCUGUUGCACUGUUCUUCAGAGACCGUGUGCCAUCAACCCCGCCUGAAGAGCAACCUGGCAAAUUCAGUUUGAGUAGAAUCUUGGAAAGGAAAAUAAGAAAGCAAGCUUCAUGGAUGUUCUUUGAGACAAUGGUUCUGACGAGUUGUGGCUACAUCGAUGUCCAACAAGGAGAACCGUAUGGUGAUAUUGAAAUCUCAAUUAGACCCUUGCUCGCAGCAGCUAAAUAACAUUAACUAAGUCAAUUCAGAAUCACAGCAGACGGACCUCUCAUUUCAUCUGCUCGUAGAAAGACUGGUAAGAUGUGCUGUGGCCUGUGGGUACCCGACCAAUGGAUGUAUGAUGAGUAGCCGAUGAACCUACUAAUUUUGUUGUCAUCUGUGUUCGUACGAGGCCGCAGAUGGCAUUUCGUGAUGUUUAGCAUCCAUCCGGAAUGACAAGCUCCGUCACUGUUUCAGUUCAGAUUUGAGAUGCUUUUUCUCAA